AUGGAGGAACAGGACCAGGCGAAUGAGGCAGGAGGGAGCCGUUCGCUUGCUGGAAUCACGUCGUUCACUCUGCAAAAUGAACAUGAUGAACGGAGCAAGAACGAAGUGACGCUGCUCGAAAUAAAAAGGAAAGUCCAAAACGAGAAGGAAGCACAGAAGGAUGACAAUAAACAAAGAAAGUUCAAAAUAAUUAACUACACUUCCAAGGAUAGUCUGGUGAGCAAAGUGGAAAAAGAUUUCUUCCUUUACUUUUGUUUCUUAUGCGGUUUCAAUUGUUUAAUUAGCGAAACGAACGUUACGAAUUUACCAAAGAGGACAACAGACGGCUCGAUCAUUUUUCCCUUUAAAAAAAUUGUACAUAAAAAAUUUCAUAAAACGAAAAAGGAACAUAUACUUAUAAGAAGAAAGGAAGACGCGUUGGAAGUUCAGUAUAGAGUUGUGUGCAAAGAGUGUAGCGUGCCUAUCGGAUAUGUCAACAGCCUAGCCGAAGACAAUGCGUACAUUUAUUAUUAUGAUUAUUCCUUUGUUCGCAGCCAGACAAAGUCGAAACUGUUUAGGGACGUCUCGGUGUGA